AUGUGCGGCAACAAGAAUGGCGAACUGUUCGUGGCGGCGAUCAGCAGCGCGACGGCGGUGCGGAAGGUGAAGGGGAAGGGGAAGAGGAAGGGGAAGGCGAGGGUGAGGAGCGGGCACCGGGGCGUGGCGGCCGGGAAGCAGAAGCUGUCGGCGUGGACGGGCCUGAGGUUUCGGGACUCGGGCAACUGGGCGACGGAGAUCCGCGUGCCGCGCACCCGCGAGAAGGUGUGGAUCGGCACCUUCGACAGCCCCAGGCAGGCGGCGCUCGCCUACGACGCCGCCGUCUUCUGCUUCUUCGGCGACCGCGCGCCCAAGUCCCGCAAGACCAACUUCCCCGCCGCGCCGCGCCCGGAGAUCUCCGACACCGACCGUGCCAAGCUCAGCAUCGCCGACGUGAAGAAGAUAUCUGAGAAGCACGCUCGCAAAGUCGACGCGCUCCUCCCGCCGCUGGAGGCUGCACCUGAUGCUGAUGGUCUGGUGGUGGCGCCGGCGACGCCGCCGGUGGCUGUGGAUGCUCCUCCUGCCGGCGCAGGUGGACCUGCUGCUCCUCCUGACAGUGCGGACGAGGACGGCGAACUCGAUCAGCUGGUUAGAGAUAUUGACAUCGAGGCCUUCGAGGCUGAACUCGAUGCCCUGACCUACCUUGUGUCUGACAACGAGUAUAAUGAGCUCUAUGCUUAA